AAAAAAAGGUCAUAUCUAGCUGUGGAAUAUUGUUCAUUAUAAACGUUCCGAAAGGACUUACGCUGUUGGUCAAUUCUUCUAAUGCCCUUACAGUCUUGCACUCAUAAUUACAUAGAAAAAUUGGACACGUUAGUUUGGCAGAAAAGCAUCGAGAAACAAACGGUUGAAUGUUUCAAAAAAAAAUCAUGGACUUCCUUUUCUUCAAAGUCUUUACUCAGCCCACUAGUUCACCCCUCUCUCCAAAAGCCUAAUUGAUAAGUUUCUUAUACCAAGUCUGGCCUUAAACACAUGGCAAUGGUUUCUUCGAGACUUGUCUUCCUCUUUUCCAUUUGCAUACUGAUUUCUCAAGCCUUUGCUCAGCAGCGAUACUUCCUAUACUAUAAUUGUUCAGACAAUGGUAACUACACAAGCAACAGUACCUACAAAGCAAACCUCAAUCGAGUCCUCUACUCCCUCUCUUCCAACACUGAAAUUGACUAUGGGUUCUACAAUUUUUCUUAUGGCAAAAGCCCUGACCAAGUUUAUUCAAUUGGACUUUGUAGAGGAGAUGUCAACCCAGAUAUUUGCCUUAGUUGCCUCAAGAACGCUACAAAUCUUCUCACUCUGCUUUGUCCCACUCAGAAGGAAGCAAUAGGAGGGUUUGACUAUUGCCUGUUACGCUACUCAUUCCGUGACAUAUUUGGCAUCAUGGUAGGUAGCCCUGCUUUCGUUAUGAGGAACGUGGAUAACGUAUCAUCCAAUUAUGAACAGUUCCGUCAGGACCUGACGACCUUGUUGGGUAGCCAAAUUAGUCAAGCUGCAGCAGGUGGUUCUCUUCGUAAGUUUGCAGUGGGAAAUACAACAGCACCAGACUCCCAAACACUAUAUUCACUUGCGCAAUGCACACCUGAUUUGUCUGUGCAAGAUUGCAGAGAUUGCUUGAAUCGCACAGCUACGGAGCUUUUACCAAACUGUUGUGAUGGGAGGCAAGGUGGGAGAGUUGUCAGACCCAGCUGUAAUUUAAGGUAUGAGAUCUAUCUCUUCUAUAAUGCCACAGCUGAUAAGGCAUCAUCACCAUCACUGUCUCCACCACCGCCUCCAGUACCAUCAGUAUCUCCUCCGGCAUCAAACAACACCCCUGCUGCAAAAGGAAAGGAGAGUAACAAAUCUCGAAUAGUCAUCAUUGUUGUACCCAUUAUUUCUUUUGUGGUACUAAUUAUAAUCUCUUUCUGCAUCUUCUUAAGAGUCAGGAAACCAAGGGAGAAACCACAAAGUGAAUCUGUGGAUGAGAUUAGAAGUGUGGAAUCUUUGCAAUUAGGCUUUGGCACUAUUAAAGUUGCAACAGAUGACUUUUCUGAUGCAAAUAAGCUUGGACAAGGUGGAUUUGGUGUUGUUUACAAGGGAAAACUCUCUGACGGACAAGUUAUUGCUGUGAAAAGGCUUUCAAAAAAUUUGGGACAAGGAGAUCUUGAAUUUAAGAAUGAAGUUUUGUUAGUUGCCAAGCUUCAACAUCGAAAUUUAGUUAGACUCCUAGGAUUUUGCUUGGAAGGAAUAGAAAGGCUUUUAAUUUACGAGUUUAUGCCCAAUGGAAGUCUUGACCACUUCAUUUUUGAUCCAAUCAAGCGUGCAAAAUUGGAUUGGGCAAGACGCUACAAAAUAAUAGGAGACAUUGCUCGAGGUCUUCUCUACCUUCAUGAAGAUUCUCGACUUCGUAUUAUUCAUCGGGAUCUCAAAGCAAGCAAUAUCCUAUUAGAUUCUGAAAUGAAUCCAAAAAUUUCAGAUUUUGGUAUGGCAAGAUUGUUUGAACUUGAUCAAAGCGCAGACAAUACAAGUAGAAUUGUGGGGACCUAUGGAUAUAUGGCUCCAGAGUAUGCAAUGCAUGGACAAUUCUCAGUAAAGUCUGAUGUCUUUAGUUUUGGUGUGCUAGUGUUAGAGAUAAUAAGUGGAAAAAAGAAUAGCUCCUUCCGAAAUGGAGAGAAUAUGGAGGACCUUCUAAGCUAUGCAUGGAAAAAUUGGAAACAAGGUAUAAUUUCAAAUCUUGUAGAUCCCACAUUGAAGGCAGGUUCGACAACUGAAAUAAUGAGAUGUAUUCACAUUGGAUUGCUAUGUGUUCAAGACAAUGUAGCUGUUAGACCAACUAUAGCAUCCGUUGUUCUCAUGCUUAAUAGCUACUCUAUUACUCUACCAAUACCAUUAGAACCAGCAUUUUUUAUGAAUAGUGGUAUUGAAUCAAACAUUCACUUGCAAGGGGAGAAUGAUUCAAGGGUAAUGGAGUCAAAUCAAUCUAAAGGUAGCUCUGUCCAAGCUUCAAUAAAUGAGGCGUCAAUCACUGAGCUGUCUCCUCGCUAGUGUUAAAUGAAUUUGAAAUUUAAUACUACUAUUUUCCUUAUUUGUUUUUUCAAUUGAAGAAUGCACAAUAUAUGAGUUAUUAAUACAUUAACAACUUAGCAUUCUUUUCAAUUUUCAAAA